GUGGAUUUUGACGUGCUCGGAUGGUGGAAGCGGAACGAACACAUGUUCCCAUGUCUCGGCAUGUUAGCAAGACAAGUGUUAUCCGUUCCCGUAUCAACCGUAGAAGUUGAACGAGAAUUCAGUGCUGGCGGCAACAUUCUAACCGACUUUCGAAGUUGUCUUAGCGCUGAAUCUCUUGAAACACUUGUUUGCAACCAAGAUUGGCUCUUGGCAAGACGUCGAGCUCAAGAGUCAACGUACCAACUCGAAUCGGAGCAUUACAUGAAUGCAACAACAGAUGGAAGUCCGAGUUCUGAAGAAUAAGUUAUAAUUUUUUUUGUUAAUGUAAAUAUGUAAUUAGUUUUUUUUAGCUGAGCGAUAUAUAAGCUCCUUCGAGGGUUUCUUUACGGUUCUUUACCUCGUUGCUUUUUUUGAACCGUCAGAAUAUUAAAUGUGGUUGUUCUUC